UCUCUCUCGCUUCGUCUCCUCCUCCUCCUCUUUCGCUCUCUCUCUCUAAGACAUAGCUGAGUGAGAAGAUAUAGAGAUGACAAAGGUACAUCCCAACGCCGCAGCCGCCGCCGCCGCCGCCGUGGCCGCCGCGCAGGCCCCCGCCCCGGCCAGGAGCUUCUCCCCGGCGUACGGGAAGGAGGAGAUCCUGACGGUGUGGAAGAAGUCCUUGCUCCUCAACUGCAACGGCUUCACCGUGUUCGACUGCAAGGGCAACCUCGUCUUCCGGGUCGACAACUACCUCGCCGGCAACAAGGGCGAGGUCGUCCUCAUGGACGCCGCCGGGAAGCCUCUCCUCACGAUCCGUCGCAAGAGGUUGAGCCUCAGCGACAACUGGCAAGUCUUCGACGGCGAGAUGGCGGUGAACCCUCGCUUCACGGCGAGGAAGUACACCAACAUCUUGAAUAACAAGAGCCUGGCCCAGGUGAGCCUCGGCUCCGGCGGAGGAGGAUCCGGGAGCGGGAGCUCGUCGCCGUCCUCGGCGCCAUCCUCGCCAUCCUCCUCCUCCUCCUGGUCCCCCCGAAGCGGCAAGAACGUGGCGUACGAGAUCGAGGGCUCCUACGCGCAGCGGCGCUGCACCGUGUACGACGCCGCGAGGAGGGUGGCGGUGGCGGAGAUAAGGCAGAAGGAGGCGGUGGGGAGCGACGUGUUCCGGCUGGUGGUGCAGCCGGGGAUGGACAUGGCGGUGGCGAUGGCCCUCGUCAUCCUGCUCGACCAAAUGUUCGGCUCCUCCAGACGGUUCUCGACCUGAAACCGACGCCCGAAAACGACCGCGUUUUGGGACGACGGAAGUGCUCAUUAGAGAGACGUACAUAAAUUUUGACGUCAUAUAUAUGAAAUAUAAUUUGGAAGCAGCACCAAUCACCAACCAUCGACAAUCUCCACUAUUUUUCUCUUUUUUGGACAGUUAAAAUCAUAUAUAUUUUCCCACUUUUUUUAUGAUUUUUUUUAUCUGAGCGUUUUUCUUUGUGUUGCUCUUUUUUUUGUGAGCUUCGUUUUUUCCUUUUAAAUAAAAAACAAAGCUCAAAGUGGGGAAUGUAUAUAUAUGUGCUGUCUUAUUGUGUAAUUUUCUCUUCUUCUUUUUUCCCUUUUUUUUCCUUUUUUUUCCCCUUUCUUUUUUCAUUUUUCAGGGUCGGAAAAUGGGGUGAUGUAUUGAUGGGAUUGCGGUCCCUCUCCCUCUCUCUCUUCCAUUGUGUGAUUUCCUUUUGCUGCAGAAAUUCCAAAAAAAAAAAUGAAAAAUAAAUAAAACAAUAAAAGUAAAUUGUGGUUUACAUA